CGAUCAAACGUCAAACAAUCACCUUCCAUGUGACUGUGAGGUUAAACACAUGUUAAUCGCCAAACGUGCCAAAAAAUUGUAAAAGAUGAGAACAGGGUUAAAAAAAAUUGUGUGUGGGAUGUCAGGAGGGGUUGAUAGUUCAGUAGCAGCAUAUAUGCUUAAAAAAAGAGGACAUGAGGUGAUUGGAUUAUUUAUGAAGAACUGGGACAUUGCUGAUGAGAAAGGGAAGUGUUCCUCUGAUGCUGAUAGAGAAGAUGCACAAUAUGUCUGUGACCGUCUGCAGAUCCCAUUACAGGAUGUUAAUUUUGUUAAAGAAUAUUGGAAUGAAGUUUUUAGUACUUUGAUAAAAGGUUAUGAGAAUGGUUACACACCCAAUCCAGAUGUACUAUGCAACAAGCACAUUAAGUUUAAACACUUCUUUGAUCAUGCUAUAGACAACAUUGAAGCUGAUGCCAUAGCAACUGGACAUUAUGUCAAAACAAGUGUGUUUGAAAACUUAGAACAUCCUGAUACAAGUGAAGGUAUAAAAUUAAUGUUACCAUUAGAUCAGUGGAAAGACCAAACACUUUUCCUCUCUCAGAUACCGCAAAGAGCUUUACAGAAAUCUGUUUUUCCACUUGGUGAUAUACUCAAAAAAGACGUCAAAAAGAUUGCAGAGUCAAUUGGGCUGGAUAGAAUUGCCAAGAAAAAAGAAAGUAUGGGUAUAUGUUUUAUAGGCAAGAGAAACUUUCAGUCUUUUGUAGAACAGUAUAUAGAACAAAAGCCAGGAAAUUUUGUAGAUGUUGAAACUGGUGAAACUGUUGGCACCCAUAAAGGAGCACAUUAUUGGACAAUAGGACAAAGAACACACCUCUCUGGACUUGAUAAAGCAUACUUUGUGUCAUCUUUUGAUAUAGCUUCACAAACUGUUUAUGUGGCAAAAGGAACAGAUCAUCCAGCAUUAUUUUUUGAGACUUUAUUUACCGAACCAGUUCAUUGGAUUCAUCGUCCUCCUCAUGAUCUUAUUCAGAACCAGAUGUGUGAUGUGGGUUUUAGAUAUCAACAUGUCCAUCCAAUUAGUCCAUGUACAUUAACAUUAAGUGGCGGGAACAGUUUAAUUGUAUCCCUUGCUCAGCCAAUGAGAUCUAUUGCAGCUGGGCAGUAUGCAGUGUUUUAUAAAGACAAUGAGUGUUUAGGAAGUGCACGAAUACUACGUACUGGUCCGUCAUUAUAUGUUUUAAAUUACAAAGAUAGAGUUAAAAUUGCUAAAGGAUUUUCAUGAUA